AAAGCGCCCCCCUCCCCCGCAUGAGCCUGGAUGAGUCUCGCGCGCUGCGUUUGCUGGCUGCAGCGAGCUGGGAAGAAGAUCUUGGGGACUCGUCACUUUGGUGCAAUCAUGCCGGUAGACUUGAGCGGCUGGGGAGGCUCCUUAAACCUCCCGGAGGUGGAAGACAAGCCGGCGCAACCUCUGCGGGUCCGCUACGGGUCGGUGGAAAUCGAGGAGCUCGGUCAAAUACUUACACCGACCCAGGUAGUAAGGGCCGCCUGCGCUGGGGACGUCCCGUUGUCGUCCUUUUGGGCGGGAGCUGGGGCUUUUGCACAACCCCUCUUAAAAUUAGGGGACCCCCGCCCAAUAAAGGAGCUCGGAAACGCUCCUCUUUGCAGGAUUCAAUUCAUGGGCCUUAAAAAGGGUUUCUGCUUCUUAUUUUGCUCCUGUGCAUUUUCAGGCCUUCACCGCUACGUCUGGUUGGUUUACGAGCAGUCCCAGCAGCUGACUUGCAACGAGCCCACCCUGAGCAACCGUUCGGGGGACAAACGUGGAAACUUCAAAAUAUUGGCCUUCCGCAAGAAAUACAAGCUGCCUUCCCCCGUCGCGGGCACCUGCUUCCAAGCCGAGUGGGACGACUACGUCCCCAAACUCUACGAGCAGCUGUCUGGGAAAUAAAAUCGCCUAGUUCCUCUUUCUUGGAAAUCCUUCCCUUAGGAUAAAUGGCCUGGUUGACUCCGGAUGCAUUAGUGAAAAUGAAUUGCCAUUGAAUCUGUAACACGAAUUAAUCUAGGUUAAUUUGUGACUGGGCCCUUUAAUCAGCAGUCUCUAUGGUUUAAGAAGUUUUUUUCUUUUAAAACCUGCAAUUGAAUUGUACCUCACAUUUGCUACUUUUUAGAAGUUUUGAUCCUGAGAAUAGAAAACACCUCUAUUUCCUAUCAUCUUAAAUAUUACCAUCUUAAAUAUUAUCAGAGCAACUUAGCUUGUGAAGGUGAAUUGCAUGUCUACCUUGCCUAAAAAAAAGGGGUGGGAGGGUUUGCACAAGUGUCAAACAUUUUAUGUAGAACACUCCAACCUGCACUUCCAUAGAGUCAGUAGUAACUGCAGCAUUUCUAGCCAUUAUGGAGAAUGGAGCCCGAUGCAUCUGGAUGAUGCCAGAGAAAUCAAGAAUCUCAUAAAAUUGGAAUAUAAGCAUCUCUUACCGUAAGUUAAGAGGGGCAGAGCUGGUUCGGCGUGGUUUGCAACCAAAGCAUCCUGUAAUCUCCCUGAUUUUUCCAUUAAAGAGGAAUGUGGCUACCGAUCCCACAACUUGACCUUUAGAGUUUGUUUAGAGAUUUUGGUUAUCUCGAACUCCUGCUGUUACUGGAUAUUUCAAGUUCUUGUGUCUGUUUUAGAAGGCCGGUUAUUGUUCCAAGUUGGAUUUCUCUCGUUUUGCAGAUAAUAAGUUCUGGAUAUCAUUGUUACUGUCUCUCCUGUAAAUUGCGGUUAAAUGGAGUAUAUAGCAACCCUUGGAUGUUUUCCCAUUUUCACAUUUAGUAUACAUAUUCACUAAUGCUGGCAAGCGAAAGCUUCUGUCUUUAUGGAUUUGCUUUGCUCUUGUUGAGAAAUUUUCAAUUAAAAAUGAAGGUUGCCUUCA